GGCUUUUGGGAGUCAGAGAUGCCGCGUCUGUCACACGCGAGGAGGAUAUGGAGUCUGACAGACAACCUGCAGAGGAUUUGACAACAACAGGUCGACCUCGUUCCUCACCGCUGAUGUAAACCCCAGAAUGGCCUUCGCUGAGCUGAACUCCUUGGCUCUGCCGUGCUCACUGCUGGUGUUGUUAUGUCUGCACACAGUUUCAGGAAUGUCAGGCUGGGCCGGAUGUUUUGAUGGUCAGGAUGUGUUUGCCACCGUUAGAGAAAACAGUCUUUCAGGAGAACUGAUUGCUGAGCUCAUGGUCGACACCACAAUGGAAGGAGUCCACUGGAGCCUCGAUGGAAAAGAUGCUGAUUGGUUCUUCCUGGAAGACAGAAGCAUCCGGCUCAACACGUCAGAUGACAAGAUUCUUGACCGAGAGGCCCUGGGUCCUGUCCUGGUGGCACAGUUAGUGUGUUACGAGGACAACAUACUUCAGAGUAUGCAUCGAAUCCUGGUAGAGAUCAUCGAUGAGAAUGAUAAUUCACCUGUGUUUGCAGAAAACACUGUCCAGUCCCUCAUGAUCAGUGAGCUGACUCCAGUGAAUACAGUGAUCUUUACUCUUCAAGCUACAGAUGCAGACAAUAAUAAAAUUAUUUACUUGAUUGACCAAACAUCACCUGAUGCAGAGUACUUCAAAGUUCUUCUACCAAACAGUGGAGAAGUUAUCCUGGCCAAGCCUUUGGACUAUGAGACAAAAACCCAGAUUACUGUCACCAUCUAUGCCUCGGAAAUGAACACUGCUGAGCGCUUCAACGCCAGCGUCACCAUCACCAUUACUGUUGUCGAUGGAGAUGACCAGUACCCAUAUUUUGAGCCCUGCGUGUUGCUUCUCGAGGAUGAGACCAAUCGAAUCUGCACCAGCCCCGUGUACACGGUGAAUGUCACGGAAGGGGAAGAGGACAUUGUGUUGGACUUCUCUCCUGGUCCCAUUCAUGCCGUGGAUGGAGACAAAGCACUGAACUCUCCUGUCAGCUAUGCCAUUCUCUCUGGGGAUGAUGAAGGCCAUUUCUGGAUGGAUAAAGAGACAGGGGAGCUGAGAUUAACCCGCGGGGUGACCAACAGACUCACAACACCUGUUCUGCAUCUUCAGGUCAUGGCGUACCAAGAGAACGACCCCAGGAAGUAUUCUCUUGCUACAGCAGUGAUCCGAGUCCUGGCUGUCAACCAAUAUUAUCCAGAAUUCGACAUGGCGGAAUAUCAUGGCUUCAUAACUGAAGGACAGAGUCCCGCCUCUUUAGUCAACACCUACGGCAGCAAAGCUCUGAUCUUGCAUGUACAGGAUCAAGACUUCAGCCAAGGCCUCAAUCCAAUGAUCUACUUUGCCUUCAGUCCGACAUCCAACCACACAGACAUAUAUCAAGUCACCCAUGAAGGACUCCUGGUUGCCAGGCAAAGUGAGCUCAAACCGAAACAGAAACAUAUCCUAGAGGUAAUGGCAGUAGACCAGGAGUCAGGCGACGCCACCUUUGCUACGGUCGUGGUUGAGGUUUUAUCCGAAGGGCAAUCAAUCCCUCAUGGUGCUUUGGGAGAUGGACGUGUGACAGGCUGCACUGUGGGAAAAGCUCUUUUUCUGAGCAUGGUGUUCAUGACUGUAAUUGGAUGCAUGGUGUGGGUAAUCAUGUGGCUCAAAAAGAAGCGCAAAGUUAAAAGGAACCCUCUGGAGAGAGGCUGUGUAGCCCAAGGCAAACACCCCAAUGUGAGCUUACGAUGGUUUCAGCUGGUGAGCCAUGGUGGUGCCAUGCCCCACAUGGACGUGGUACCUUACAGCAAUGAGGAAUACGGCACUUGCAAUCCUUCAUUCAGCUUCCCGGAAAAACAAGAUGUCUACACCCAUAGGGACCUCUCCACCAGCAGAGGAACCACUCAGACCAGAACGAGCCUCGCUGCCGCCAACGCUGUGGGCAGUUCUGUAAUCCUCGAUGCCAAUGCUUCCAAAAGUUCCUCUGGUUCACCCACCUGUAACCCAGCAGCUGAGAAUGCAAACCCCGCGGUUCAGGAUGCAGCGUCAGUGACGGAAAACCACAAUUCACCAUUAAAUGCAACCCUGGACUCCACUGAGACACAGCCGAACACAGGCCCUUGUCCUGUGGACCUUGAUGCCAGUUUAACUCCAUCUUUGACCCGUUCUAAUUCGCAAGCGACGACCGUCGAUGACCUUGCUGACCCCGUCACCAGCCCCUCCUCUCAGUGCAGUGUCCCAUGCAGCCUUACCCGAAUUGCUUCGGCAGAAAUUGAAAAACCCAUCCGCAAACCUCGUGUCAAGACGCCCCCAUACUCACCUUUACUGACGUCGCCCUUCUCCAAGCAGAGAGGCACGUCGCCGCCCACCCCGGACCACGCUCUUCUGAAAGCCACGUUGGUGCAUAUAGACACAACGCCCACCGACUCACCUCCGGAGACUCCAGGACAGGCAUCGGUGACUCUGAUCAUGGAGGAGGACGAGCCCUCCACGUCUCUGGACCAUAUUGAUGAUGAACCCAUGCCUCCAGAAGGAACAGCUGACAUCGACAGUCCAUCUCAGGACCGAAGACUCUCCACGAUCUCGGCGAACACCCAAGACGGCCGAGUGGCGGGCGACGAAGACGACGAUGGGUUUCUGGGAGACGAAGACGCAGACAAGAGCAGCGACGGUGAGCUGGAGCCAGAUGAGGAAGAGCUGCUGAGAGUGUUGGCUCGCUGCAAUCCCAUUUUUAUCUCAUUUACCAAGUGA